CGAGUACGCUCCCCUCUUCUAGCCAAACGUCAAAGCGUGUUCUCGCGUACGGUCGUUCUCGCUCAGUGAAAUAUUCGCAACGUUUCGUAAGCUAGUAUUACAAACGUCAAUUUAAGUGAAAAAAAUCUAGGACGUGUGUGUUCAGUGAUAUUUAAAACCGUUAAAUAAUACGUGAAGAUGUCUUUCAACACUGAUAUAUCGACCAAACUGGAGAAUAGCAGGAAUACGUUGAGGAAGAUAGCCAGAAAUGAUAACACUGAAUUUUCUAAGCAGAGCAUAAUGAAUGACAUGGAAAAAUUUGUUAAAAUGGUUAACACCAUGGAUGAGACCGUACUAGUUCCCAGUCGGCUUAUGAAUUUACCACAGGAAGGCGACGACGAUCCCUUCAGUCUAUUCGCUAUGUUGAAUGAUCUGAAGACUGAAUUGCUGUGGGCAGGCGAUGCAGAUGUUGAGGAGCAUGUCGAACGUGGAAGACGUGUGUCUGAUAUGAGUGAUACUGAAAGUGAUGCCUCAAGUGCCGCUGGAGAUUCUGGCAUUGACGGUGAGGAUGAGAGGGAGUCUGCGGCUCGUGCAGCAGCAGCUUGCCGACGUCAUCUUCGUGGGCUCCGCAGGUGUCUCCGCCAUCUGACAUCAGCUGCUGCUGAUCUUACAAGAUCUUAUCAAGAAGAGGUUGGAGCAUCUGUGUAAUUAUUCAAUAUAAUCCUGUGAUCAAAGCCUGUCCCGCACGUAUGUAAAUAUAGACUAAGCAGCCCACACUGUAAAUAUAGGUUAUAGGGCUGGGCGUGUUGGUGAAUCUCUUUAUAAGUUAUGUGGUUAUUUAAAUAAAUUUAAUUUUUAUUA